AUGGCCAAGAAGACCGCCAUCGGAAUCGACCUGGGUACCACCUACAGCUGCGUCGGUGUGUGGAAGAACGACGGAGUGGAGAUCAUCGCCAACGACCAGGGCAAUCGCACCACGCCGUCCUACGUGGCCUUUACGGACACGGAGCGCCUCAUCGGCGACGCGGCCAAGAACCAGGUGGCCCGCAAUCCCGAGAAUACCGUCUUCGAUGCGAAGCGUUUGAUCGGCCGCAAGUUUGCCGACCCCAUUGUGCAGGCCGACAUCAAGCUGUGGCCCUUCAAGGUGAUCGCAGGUCAAGGGGACAAACCCAUGAUCAUCGUGACGGCUCAGGGUGAGGAGAAGAAGUUUCACCCGGAGGAAGUUUCCUCCAUGGUCCUGCUGAAGAUGAAAGAGACAGCCGAAGCCUACCUGGGUACCAAGGUCAACGACGCGGUCGUCACCGUGCCGGCCUAUUUCAACGACAGUCAGCGCCAGGCGACCAAGGAUGCCGGCACCAUCACCGGCAUGAACGUGUUGCGCAUCAUCAACGAGCCGACGGCCGCGGCCAUUGCCUACGGCUUGGAUAAGAAGGGCACGGGCGAGCGCAACGUGUUGAUCUACGACAUGGGAGGCGGCACCUUCGACGUGUCUCUGCUCACCAUCGAGGAUGGUAUCUUUGAGGUCAAGGCGACCGCCGGCGACACACAUUUGGGUGGCGAAGAUUUUGACAAUCGUGUGGUGGACUUCUGCAUGCAGGAUUUCAAGCGCAAGAACCGCGGCAAGGACAUGGCCGGAAACCAGCGCGCUAUCCGUCGCUUGCGAACCCAAUGUGAGCGCGCCAAGCGAACCUUGUCCUCGUCCACGCAGGCGACCAUCGAGAUCGAUUCCUUGUUCGAGGGAAUUGACUACAGCUGCUCCUUGUCCCGUGCGCGCUUUGAAGAGCUGUGCAUGGACUACUUCCGCAACUCCAUGGGUCCCGUGGAGAAGUGCUUGAAGGACAGUGGCAUUGACAAGAAGAGCGUGCACGACGUGGUGCUGGUGGGCGGCUCCACUCGUAUCCCCAAGGUGCAGUCCAUGAUCCAAGAAUUCUUCAACGGCAAGGAGCCCAACAAGUCCAUCAACCCCGACGAGGCGGUGGCCUACGGCGCCGCGGUGCAGGCCGCCAUUUUGACGGGUGAAGGCUCCUCCGCCGUGCAGGACCUGCUGUUGUUGGACGUGACACCUUUGUCCAUGGGUCUAGAGACCGCUGGUGGCGUCAUGACCAAGUUGAUCGAGCGAAACACCACCAUCCCCACCAAGAAGGCGCAAACCUUCACGACCUACGCGGACAAUCAGCCAGGUGUCUUGAUUCAGGUCUUCGAGGGUGAACGAGCCAUGACCAAGGACAACAACUUGUUGGGCAAGUUCCACUUGGAUGGUAUCGCGGUGGAAGAUGUAUGGGCCAACCAUUGUAUUCCUCCUGCUCCCCGUGGUGUGCCACAGAUUGAAGUCACCUUCGACAUCGAUGCCAACGGGAUCUUGAACGUGCGAGCCUCCGACAAGUCCACCGGAAAGUCCAAUCAGAUCACCAUCACCAAUGAGAAGGGUCGCCUGUCGCAGAGCGAGAUCGAUCGCAUGGUGCAGGAGGCAGAGAAGCGCCUCGGCAGUGGUGUACCAAGGUUCCGUGCGGAGGAUGAGGCCAACAAGCAGAAGAUCGAGGCAAAGAACGGCCUGGAGAAUUACUGCUUCACCAUGCGCAAUACCUUGAACGAGGAGAAGCUGAAGGAGAAGUUCGAGGCACCAGAUCCGGGAGGUGAUAAGGAGAAGAUCGAAUCCGCGGUGCAAGAGACCUUGGAGACUUGGUCCGACGGUCCGACGGACUUGGGGAUCCAAGAGCUGGAUUGGCUUGACAAGAACCAGCUCGCUGAGAAGGACGAGUUUGAAGCCAAGCAGAAGGAGUUGGAGGGUAUCGUCAAUCCCAUCAUGAUGAAGGUCUACCAGGCCGCGGGCGGUGGCGGCAUGCCGGAGGGUGGCAUGCCCGGAGGCGCUGCCGGAGACGUGACCUGCAGCUGUCCCCUGCUAAGCAUGGAGGACUUACGCUGCACGGUGCAGAGCCUCUUGCAAUCCCAGUUGGAGGACAGCAAUGGCUUCCUCCACAGGGAAUCCUGGAUCCGCGUUCUGCGGGACAUUGGUGGCACAGAGCAGGAAGCACAGGCUGUGCUGCAGGAAAUCCCCAAUGCCCAGAUGAGCGUCGAGCAGUUUUUGGACAUCCUUUUCAGCCCCAAAGAUGCUAUGUCAGCCGAGGUGUUGACAGCACAGCAAAGCGACAGCACCACAACGACAAACAACCUGAGGGAAUACUUCGAGAAGCACUACCGCGAAGAUCUGGAGGCUAAGGAGCGGCUUGGCGCGGUACUAUCACUGCGUGGCUUCUAUCAGGAGGUAUUGCCUCUGCGGCAAGGCAUGGUGGCAUUUUCCGAGUCAACAUAUGGUCCUGAGAGCCUUCCUGCUUUGAAAUGCAGCUGGCGUCUGGCAGGUACAUUAGGAGAUAUUGAUAACCUGUGGGAAGCUGAGAAGAUGAAUCGACGAAUCCUUGAUACCCUGCUAAAAACUCUUGGCCCUGAGCACAAACUUACGCUCAAGGUUAUGUGCGAUUUGGCUCUCAUCCUUUAUCGAAUGAAAAACGAUGCUGAAGCUAUUCGAUUGUAUCGCCAGGUUAUAGCCUUCAGCGAGACGUUUUUGGGUCCUAGUCAUCGUCAUACUUUGCGCGCAAUCACCAACUUGGCUAUUGCCCUGGCAGUCGUGGACAAUCUGAGCGAAGCAAUAGAAUUGCACCGCAGUGCUUUAGAGGCCAGGGAAAAGACGUUGGGUCCUGAGCAUCCUGAGACGUUGCAGUCCGUAAGCAAUUUGGCAGUUGCACUCCAUGACAGAGGUGAUUUGAGUGAAGCCCUGGCACUGCAAAGGCGCGCGUUGGAAGCCAGGGAGAGGCUUCUGGGUCCUCAACACCCAAGUACCCGCAAUUCCCUCCAGCGACUUGGGUCAUUACUGGGUGCCAUGAUCGGCGAGGAGGAGGCAAUGCCGGCCCCACCGUUGAGGAAGUCGACUAAGCACAGCCUGAGCACAGAUUCGUUGUGGGAAAGAACGGAACGAAAGGAACUCGGCCAUUUUCGGAUUUGUUUUGCCAGAUCCAACAAG